GUUCCAAGUUCCAAGUUCCAAGUUCCAAAGGUCCGACCAACAGUGGAUCUCUGAGCUGAGUGAGUGGAGAGCCGGAGAAGCUGCUUCGGUCAUGACCAGAUUUGGACACGUGUCUCGUCGUCUGCUGUUCGCUGAUGAUGGGAGAUUCCUGUUAAUGGCAGAAGGAAUGAAACCAUACCUGGAAACCACUGUUUGAGCAAAGAGUGCUGGAGGACGGACACUUGUGGACAGAAGAAACCCUUCGGUGAAGUUUAUCCAGUCCGAGAGCUUCUCCGUUACAGAACGUCAACAUAGGAUUAGCUGAACUUCAUUUAAAACAAAGCCUCAGCUGAUUCUGGAUCAGUGUUCGGCGUUCUCACCAUGGGCAUGGACCGGCGGAGGAGAGGCUCGCUCGCGCUCACCCUGAACUUCCUCGCGCUGAUGCUCGCGAUAUGCGCGCUCACCACCAGCUACUGGUGCGAGGGAACCCGGAAAGUUGUCAAGCCCCUCUGUACCGGACCGGUGACCGGCAAACACACACACUGCAUCCGACACAACAGCUCGAACCUCACCGACAGCCGGAGGGUCCAGUACAUCUGGGAGACCGGAGAGGACAAGUUUGUUCUGAGGAAGUUCCACACCGGAAUCUGGUUCUCCUGCGAGCAGAACGUCGACCUGGUCGGUGAGAGAUGCAGAAGCUUCAUAAACGUCGCUCCUCCCCACGAGAGAGGUGUGUUGUGGCUCUGCAUCGCGGCCGAGUGUCUCUAUAUUUUACUUCUGGCCACCGGAGGAAUCCUCAUGUCUAUAGAGGUCUGCCAUUUCGGGAAUGUCAUUGAUGGACUGAAGCUGAAUGCCUUUGCCGCUAUAUUCACAGUCUUAUCAGGUCUUCUGGGUAUGGUGGCUCACAUGAUGUUCACCACAGCGUUCCAGCUGACCGUGAGUCUCGGCCCUGAGGACUGGAAACCACAGAACUGGGACUACAGCUGGUCUUACAUUCUGGCAUGGAGCUCGUUCACCGCCUGCAUGGCCUCCUCCGUCACCACCAUCAACAGAUACACUAAAACUAUACUGGAGUUCAAACACAAGCGAAAGAACAUGGAGAAGAACCUGAAGAUCAAGCAGAAGCUACUGGACCUGGACUCUCCAGAACAGGUGUGGGACAUGUACAUCAGCUCCGUUCCCAGCAGCUCCGGCGAGGAGUUUCUGGACCUGUCUGGCUCUGGACGCAAGCUCUCCGACAACUCCCUGUUUCUGGACCUGAACCAGCUGCCGGCUCCUCAGGGAGAGGAGUUCUGCUGAGGACUGGGACACAGUCCAAGUCACAAUUCCACUGGGAGAGGAAUUCUGCUGAGGACUCUGACUCAGUCUGAAACAUGACUCCCAGAGGAGUUCUGCCUAGGACUGGGACCCGGUCCGAGACGCAACUCAACAGGGAAAGGAGUUUUGCUGAGGACUGGGACCCGAUCCGAGACAUGACUCCACUGGGAGAGGAGUUCUGCUGAGGACUGAGACCCGGUCCGAGACACAACUCAACAGGGAAAGGAGUUUUGCUGAGGACUGGGACCCGGUCCAAGGCACGACUCCACAGGGAGAGGAGUUCUGCUGAGGACUGAGACCCGGUCCGAGACGCAACUCAACAGGGAGAGGAGUUCAGCUGAGGACUGAGACCCGGUCCGAGACACGACUCCACAGGGAGAGGAGUUCUGCUGAGGACUGAGACCCGGUCCGAGACACGACUCCACAGGGAGAGGAGUUCUGCUGAGGACUGAGACUCGGUCCGAGACACGACUCCACAGGGAGAGGAGUUCUGCUGAGGACUGAGACUCGGUCCGAGACACGACUCCACAGGGAGAGGAGUUCUGCUGAGGACUGAGACCCGGUCCGAGACGCAACUCAACAGGGAGAGGAGUUCAGCUGAGGACUGAGACCCGGUCCGAGACACGACUCCACAGGGAGAGGAGUUCUGCUGAGGACUGAGACCCGGUCCGAGACACGACUCCACAGGGAGAGGAGUUCUGCUGAGGACUGAGACUCGGUCCGAGACACGACUCCACAGGGAGAGGAGUUCUGCUGAGGACUGAGACUCGGUCCGAGACACGACUCCACAGGGAGAGGAGUUCUGCUGAGGACUGGGACCCGGUCCGAAUCACGACUCAACAGGGAGAGGAGUUCUGCUGAGGACUGGGACCCGGUCCGAAUCACGACUCAACAGGGAGAGGAGUUCUGCUGAGGACUGAGACCCGGUCCGAGACACGACUCCACAGGGAGAGGAGUUCU